AUGGCUGCACACAGAGGCUGGGCCCUGACAUGGGCCAGGCGACAGGAGGCCUUGGCUGGCGUGAGUUGGAAGCUGGGACUGGGAGAAGGGUGGGAGGUUUGGUGGAGCCUUCGAGAGUUUAACAGGCUUCUCCAGGCCUUUAUCUUGUCCCCUUUCCUCCUCUCUCCAGGGCUCAGCCUGCUGUUGCUACCCUUGCUUCUGGUACAAGCUGGUGCCUGGGGGUUCCCAACAGGCCCCCUGAGCCUGCAGGAGCUACGCAGGGAAUUCACAGUGAGCCUGUACCUUGCCAGGAAGCUGCUCUCUGAGGCUCAGGGCUACGUCCACAACUUUGCUGAAUCUCGACUGCCAGGAGUGAGCCUGGACCUUCUACCCCUGGGGCACCAUCUCCCCAAUGUUUCCCUGACCUUCCAGGCAUGGCGUCACCUCUCUGACCCAGAGAGGCUCUGCUUCCUUUCCACCACACUUAGGCCCUUCCCUGCCCUGCUGGAAGGGCUGGGAAGCCAGGGGAUCUGGACCAGCACAGAGAGGGUGCAGCUGUGGGCCAUGAGACUGGAUCUCCGGGACCUGCACAGGCACUUCCGCUUCCAGGUGCUGGCUGCAGGAUUUAACUGCUCUGAGGAGGAGGAAGAAGAGGAAGAGGAAGAGGAAGUAGUAGGGAAGGAGCUGCUCCUAGGGGCUCUGGAUGGCCCCAAGCAGGUGUCAUCCCAGGUGUCCUGGCCCCAGCUGCUCUAUACCUACCAGCUCCUACACUCCUUGGAGCUGUUCCUAUCUCGAUCUGUUCGGGACCUGCUGCUGCUGACCAUGCCCCAGCACCCAGAUCCAGCUUGGGGUUCCUAACACCUAGCUUCCAGCCUUAUGAAGUGACCUUUAAGCUCCCUUCCCACACCCACUAUGACUCUAAGGCUGGAGCCUGGCCGGCAGUACAGGACAGUCUCUAGCCCAUUUGCCUUAGACCAGGCAGGGCUUCACUAGUCCCCAGCCCUGACCCAAUAACUUAAAAGCCCAACAGUCCUCACCACAUAUUUAUUUCUUGAAUAUUUAUUUAUUUUUAGGAAAUGACAGUUUAUUUAUUGUUUCAUUCUUGAGUUAGGCCACCAUGCUGGGUGCCUAAUAAAGCCCUCUGGCCCACCUUGUACCUCCA